ACUCUCGGUGUGUUGAUAAUGUGACUUGUGCACGACGUCCUCUUAGAGAAUGUUUUUUUACCUUCUGAAAUUAAAAAAAAAAUCGAAGUAAUUUUAUGUGCGCGAAUUAGGGAUUUUUUCAUAAUUUUACGCCUUGAGGUAGAAAAAUUGAUGGAUUUAAAACCAAAUUUACCUCGGCGCAUCAAGCCGAGUGGUCAAAAUGCAUUAUUUAUUUCCAUGAUUGGAGAGCCCCGCUUUUAGCCGCUCCAUCACCCGUUGCAAAAUUUAUGUGAGCUUCGUUGCCAUGGAUUCGCAUCACGCUUUUCCGCUCGCAAAACCCGGCUGAGCAAUUAUUAAAACAAUCGUCUUGAUAAAGUGCUUUUAUGUCCCUCCUUGUGAAUGACUGGCACGUUGCCAAGUCGUAUUUUUCCAACGAAAAAUGCACGAAAUUCACGCUCCGACGACGAGUUAUUUCUUAUCCGUGUGAGCAGGAGAAAUUCACAAAAGUACUGCUGACGCCUGUCAAAUUCAGAACUCUGCAACUGGCUCAACCUUAGGUCGUCGCGGGUUGCAUAAUACUAAAACAUUAAUUUUAAUCAUUUUUCAAUUAAUUAAAUUAAAAAAAAAACUUGUGCAAUCAAAAUCUUUUUAGCAACAACAUUCUAAAUGAAAUUAAAAGUCAAUUCUUCAAUUCAAGUAAAUACAUCAUUUUAAAUUAAAAAUUAUUAUACUAAAUUUUUUCAUUCAAAUAUGACUUAAUAUUGAUUCUAAUUAAAGCCAGCCAGACUUUGAUUCCUCCGUGUCGCACAGGAUAACCUUUCAGUGUCAAAUGGCAUCGUCAACAUAAUGUCAGCCGUGCUCUCACAUGUGUAGGUCCUCGACCGCGUGAUGUUGAUGCGUGCAAAUGCAUGUCCUUUAAUUACCAUUAUCAUUUGACACGUCGUUGGACGCUCGGUUGUGUAAAUAAUAGCAUCCGACGACGAGCAGGUAGAGGCGAAGUAAUGAUUUAGAUCGGCGCCCAACAAGUGGCUGCCGUCCGGUAUCCAGGCAACCAGCCGGUGCCGCCGGAAAGAGCCCUGCGCGCUAAUAUUUAAUGCGCAGUACUCGCAGCGAAAUUCGCAUGUUCCUUUUGUUUGCAGUGCAUUACCGGCACCAAAUGGAAUGGCGCCGGCACAAUGUCGAGCCAAAAGUGGUUCAAUUAGAGACGGCGGGCGCGCUUAAUAGUGUUUGAUUUGCCCUUUUGUCAGGAAUUGUGACGUGCUACGAUUAAUCCAGCACAAAUGAUUGAAGAAAAACACAAGAAAUUAAUAUAAUUAUGCCUCAUGAGUUUUUAAUUUCAGAGAAUUUUUUAAAUAAUUUUAAGCAGCUCAGUAUUAAUUCCAUUUUAUUACGGUUGAAAUUUUUUUUUUACAGCGUGGUUGCCAAAUUCGAUAUAUCCGUCCUUUAUUGUGCCCUCGGUGAAUCCGUGUGGAAAGCAAUGCGGGUUUCACAGUUUCCAGACUCGUGGAUUGCGACUUGAUAUCUUGACGGGACUGAAAAUAAACGGUUUCAAAGGCAGGCGGAUCGGGCCCGCUUCACUGAGUCGCGUUAAAUACGAGCGAGCGAACGUUCUCUUUCAUGAAAAAAAUUUUUCUGGAACGCCUCUUGUGUCUCUCGUCAUUUCAAUUAUUAUUGAAUUAACUCGGUGCUCGUUCAGAAGAAAAGAGAACACACAAUUAAGCUUAAUUAGGUGCGGAGCUAAUUAAGCGCGCUUUACUUCUCAGCCGAGAGCACAGAAAAGUGCAUGAAGCACCAGAGAAGGCUCCCAGAGGAGAACUUUUUGUUUCGUAUUGAUUUUGUAUCAGGGUCAGUGAGUUAAUAGCGUCAUCAUUCCGUCUCAGGGAAUCUCUUUCUGCGGGCCGGCGGUAAACAAAAAACACUUUGGAAAAAUUCCAACUCUCGAGAAAUUCGCUUUGAAUUUUAAAUGCGCCGCAGAAAAUCAAACAAAAAGUUCCGCAGCCUGUUCAGCCGCAUUAGUUUAUCUAGAUGCGCCGUCUCCAAAGUGAGAUUAGUUGACAGCCUUAUCUAAUAAUGUUUUUCUGAACAAACCUGUCUGGAGAGCGGCUUUUGUAUGGCAUUAUCGACAUUAUUAUAUCUGACAUUUAGAUCUCAAUGAAUCUGACAUUUUAAUAAAAAUAAAUGUCAAUAAAUUAACUUUACUCUUAAAAAAAUGAUGUAAAGUCGCUAGUAAAAUUGAGCUAUUAGAACCCAAGCUUAUUUUACAUAAUAUCUUAUUGUUAGAUAAGUGAAUAGAUGCAGAUCGGCGAAUAAUAAUUUAAAAAAUCUUUUUUUCAUAGAAAUAACAAAAAAAUAUUGUUUCAGAAAAAGAAAAUUAAAUUUCUUCUCCCAAAUAAGUUGAAAGUGGAAAAGCUCCACGCUAGCUCAGAUAAAUGAAAACAAAAACCACAUUCAUCAAUCGCCAACAGCAAUAACAAGCGUUUUAAUCGCGCGCACGACGCGUUAUUUAGUAAUCACCGGACGGCCUGCAGCCCAUAAACAUUUUCGCAUCCUGACGUUUGCGUGCUCGGCGCAAUCAGCGUCCACGGGCGCAGAAAUUCUCAUCGAGAGACGCGUGCAUCCAUCACGUUUCGCGCAUAUUAAUCAGCACAGCAAAAAAUAAUAAUGGGUAAAAAAGGAGGCACCGGCGUUUGUUUUUGUUUAGCGGAAGGAAGACACUCGAGAGCGGCGAGUGUACACACGGGGUGGCGCCUGCGAAUCCACCCCUCGACGACGAGCACCACCACCACCACCAGGGCGGUGGUGCUGCUUGCUGGCUCGAUACGCGCCGAUCAAUAAAGCGGCGGCGGCGGCGGCUCGGGGAAGCAGCGCCAAAGGGGAGGAAACGGCCAAAAGGUUUCGUCCACGAAACACCUUCGGUCGAGCGACGCCAGUGCUGUGAAUCGACAGUCCAGAGGAACAAGUCGCAACCGAGUCUCCGACCGUCCGACUCAUGGUCGGCUCAUAGAUAGUUUCCCGAGGCAAAUUAUGUGACUGACUUGCUGCGCACGGCUCAUCCGUAGUAGACUCCAGCAGAUUUAUAAGAAUUCAAAAUGCACACCGUCGGGCUGCACUCGGCGCUGGCCAUCAAGCGUCAGCGCAAACGGCGCGAGGAGCAGAAGCGGGCGCGCGAGCGUCGCUUCAGUUCGCACUCGGUUGACAGCCAUGGCCACUCAGCUUUGUCGCCGCGAAACAGCAUCGUCAGCCUGGAUGGCGCUGUUCGGCAUCGAAACCGGAAGCAUCCCACCAUGUUGGACACCAAGGUGGUGACCAGCGUUGGAAUGAUGCACAUUGGCGUUGUAUUCCUCGUAUUCGGCGGCUUCCUGAUCGUGUCGGCCCUCUUGCCGGCGACUGACGACGACGCCGGCGUCAACGGUAAACCAAUAAGUGUUUGGAACGAGUUGUUGUUCUCUGGCAUUUUUUGCCUCGUCGUCGGCAUCUUCCUGGUCGUGCUGAACCACUUUGUUUCCAAACAGGCCGACGAUGACCUCAACACGUACGUCUCGAACCAACUGAACAGAUCAAAGUCUGGCCACCGACUGGUGAGGGACGUUGAGACGGGCCACAUGUCAACACCCCGUCGACAACCCAGAGAGGACAGCUCCAGCAGCGGCAGUCUGCACACGAGCCAAGAGGGCAAACGGGAAGAUCUAGACAACAAUGAGCCAGUUCCGGUGCACCAUUCGCACCACCCGCAUCUGCACAAGACGUCGCCAAUCAGCUCUCCUCCACCUUGCAUCAACGGUGAGCCGCCUCUGGAGAAGAUCAUCGAGGAGGACUGCAGCGAGUACUCGAUCGCGUCCAGCCGGCGAGCGCGACGCUUCUUCAGCGAGGAGAAGCAAGGCGAGGAGGAGUCACGGACGGCCAUAGAUGUCACAACUAUUGAGGCUUCGAACGACAACAGCACCACUGGCAGCGUCAGCCCCACGACACCCUCCGAGACCCAAGAGCUGCUCACCAGCCGCUCGAUGAAGAUGUACCGCAUGUGAGGGCUCUGCCUUUUAGGGUUGACUAACUAAAACGCUGAAUAUGCUCGUGAUGGGCUCUGGCCGAACUGACAGACACGUUCUGGAAACGAAACGCUGAUAUUGGGACAGACACAAGUGUUUUUGCUUCAGGCAAGAAAAGCUUAAGAAACCCAAGAAGAUUUUCAAUUUUCUACUUUCGCUUGACACUCGCGCUUUGCAUGAAAUUUAGGUGGAAAUUUAUUAAUAUAAAAGACCGUGUUAGACUUUUCCUCUUAUUUUUUUUUUAUAUUUUACACUUAUGAUCUCAAAUUUAAAAUUUUCUGCUAAAAAUUCAGAUGGGAAAAUUUUUUAAAGAACCAUUAUUGUUUCACAGUCAAAAUUUCAAAUUUCCAAGCAAGAAUAAUUCAAAUAAUUCUACUUCUUCAAUCUAGAUAAAAACCACACUGAUUAAAACGACCAAUUACAUUUUUUAUAUAAAUAUUAAUAAACUUUAAAAGCUAAAAUUUCCUGCUUCAAUCGAUUAUUCUUGGUUGAGACUUGGAAAAAUAAUAAGAAGUAUUGUGGAGUUCUUAAAAGUAUUUACCCAUUCUACUAUUAUGCCACUUCCUCCCAAAGCACAAAUAUACACAAUUUUUUAGUUUGAGUUUGGUGUUGAUUAAUCAAAUAAUAAAAAGGCAACAUUUAUCUCUGUGCCAACACCUCUCGCCUUUAAAUCACUUUAUUUAUGUGUUCAACGGAUCAAAAUUAAUUUUUUACGGUCAAGGAAAAAAAUUAAAUUUUGUUUUCAUCCAAUCAAUGUCUUACUAAAUCUGUUCACAUUUUUGUGUGAUAUUGUAUGUUAAAAUUUAAACAUAAUAAAAACAAUAUUAAAACGGAGCAUUUGCAAAGCGCAUUCACUAUUAUACCGGUAAAUAAAUAACAACGCAGUCGUCUCUACUGUAUAUUUGCUGAAAAAAAAUUUAAGUGUAGUUUUUAAGGGAAUCCGUACCAAGUGCAUUUGUCUGCUAACACAUAAUAUAUUAUUAUCUGUCUCAAGAUGAAAAGUGAUGGAGAAAACAAUUUCUUAUAUUAUCUUCUCAAGUUGUAUUAAAAAGACUGAUAUUUCUAUUGACAAAAUGUAUUUAAAAGUGACGACUUUCCUCACUCACACAACUCUAUUGUGAAUAAUCACAGCGCACCACCAAUAAUUACUUGAUCUCUAUCUAUUCAAACUCGCAUAGCUUUCCAGCAGAAAACUGUUUAAAUUCCAUAGUACCAUAUCUUAUGCAGCGAGUUAUAAAUUGAUUCGCUCUGGGUUGCCCUUAAAAAUGUGUUUGCGUAAGUAAUAUAUUAAUAACUAUGCGAAAUGAAAAAAGAAAAUAACAAUGUUAUUUUGUUACCAAAAAUUUUGCUGUAAUUAAUUAUGUGCGCUUAGAAAAAUCUUUAAAAAACCUGCUUAAGCAUUCAAUCUCUCUCUUUCUACGCACGAAAAUAGAUAUGGUGUAAUACAGUAUAAAUACUAUAUAAUUAAUGUAAAUUCGUCAAAAAAAGCUAGAUCAAGUGCUGAUAGUAGAACAUUUCUCCCCUCUAUAACGUUAGUAGUUAUUUCGCCCUCCAACAUAAAAAAUCGCGUCGCUUGUGAAGAAUUUAGUUUUGGGUUUGCUGUAUUGAUUUGCAAAAAAAGUUCUUUAGCUGCAUUUCGGUGUGAAAUUUUCAAAACACGUGCGUACAAAAUAACCAAAAAAGCUGGCAAUCAAAGUUAACCACAUCAUGGCUUUUACAAAUAAAUACACUACCAUGCGUGUAGGAGUUUAGACAGCUUAAAAUCAAUCAAGCGGCACAUUACAGCAAAGGUGAUCUCAUCACAAAAUUACUUUUUACCUUCUUGGAAUUGGGAAGCAAAAAUCUUUUAAAUGUUUAUUGCUGAACUAACUUUUAUAAUAAUUUUUGUAUUUACUAUCCACUAUUCGAUCAAUAAAGCAUUUGAAAAAUAUUCAAACUCGCGCAAUUUUCCUUUCAUUUUCUCCUUGAAAUUUCAAAUCUUUCCCAAGGGUUUUGUGCAUUUUAUGUGUGGAUGUGAUUUUGAAUUUUACAACCUCAAGGCAGUAAAAGACAGGCAUAUGUACUUUGUGAGCUCCGUUCACCGCGCUUUACUGCAGUCGGAGCAUAAAAUUUUCUCGUUCUCUUCUCCCUUGCAUGCCAUUCACCAAUUUCUAUGUUUGUAUGCGUCCCUGUAUGUUUUUAAUGAUGCAUCCAUUAAAUCUCUAAAUAUAAAUCAACUGACUAACGCAGAUCAAUAAACAGGCAACAAACACGUUGAAUGAGAAUCAUUACUCAUUUCCCUCACACAGUCGAGACUCGCGUUCCAUUUUAAUUUAACUGCGAUGAGCAAACAAUUAAUCUGAUUGAUACGAUCAAUAAAAGACCGGAUAAUGACGUCAUUAAGCGCAUUCAUGAGUAUAUGCACACAGUAUUGCAACAAACCGCAAUUUCAAUGCAACAAUAAUAAUCACAUUCUGUGGUUAAUUUACAGCACCAUGUAUAUUAAAUUUGCGAUCACUUCCAUGGACUGUUUUAAAACAAUGUGAUAUAAUCUCUGUAUAAGACGUGGUUGUGGAAAUAAUCCCUUAUAAUGCUGCUAUAGUAUAUUCUACGUAGCUUCUCUGCGCAAAAAGCACUCUCUCCAGCUUUUAAAAUCUUUGCCUUUUCUUGAAAAUUUCCGGCACUCUCUCUAUCGACAUUUCUUACUUCAGUUGACUUUGCUCUUAAUUCUA